AUGGAAAACAUAUAAGUAGCAGUCCGUAUACGUCCUGAUCCUGAACCUUCCAUUUGGGCUAUACAUGAUCAACAUAUAUUUCUUAAUAAUUAAAUGAAAAAGCCUCCAAAUGGAUAAGGUCGUACAACUUUUGCAUUUGAUCACUGUUUUAAUUAAGAUAGCAAAAAUACUGAUAUCUAUUCUAAAGAGGUGAAAUCAUUAGUACUUGGAUCUACAAAUGGUAUUAAUGGUACUAUUUUCCUAUAUGGUCAAACUGGUAGUGGCAAGACAUACACAAUGUUAGGUAAGGAAAAUGAUGAAGGUGUAUUAUUAUAGAGUUUUAAGGAUUUAUUUACUAAAAUUGAGGCUGAUCUCAAUAAAACUUAUGUAUUACGUUGUUCAUAUUUUGAAAUAUACAAUGAAUAAAUAUUUGAUCUCUUAAAACCAUCUUCAAAAUUAUAAGAAACCUUAUAAGUUAAUGAAGAUUAAAAGAAAGAAUUCUAUGUGAAAGGAUUGAUUGAAUAAUCUGUUUCAUCUAUAAAUGAAAUAUUUGAUGUACUUAAAAGAGGUGAAAUUAAUCGACACUAUGCUUAAACUGCCAUGAAUCAUAAUAGUUCAAGAUCUCAUGCUAUAUUUCGAUUAUAUGUACAAUCAAUUACUAAUAAUUUUAUUCGAUAAUAUAGAAGAGAAUAAUCUUAACAUAAAUUCCCAACUUUAGAAUAAUUAGAAGCUGAAAACAAUAAUUAAUUAAAAGGAGCUAUGGUAACUGAAAGUGUUCUUAAUUUUGUUGAUUUAGCUGGAUCUGAAAAAGUGUCUAAUCAUUUUGAAGAUGCUGAAAUCUAAGAAACUAAUCGUAGAGUCAAAGAAGGUCAAUAUAUUAAUAAGAGUUUAUUCUUUCUUACUUAAGUUAUUUAUUUAAAGGCUGAAGAUAAAGGACAUGUACCAUUUAGAAAUUCUUCUUUAACAAAGAUACUUAAAUCUAGUUUAGAUGGAACAUCAAGAACAUUAAUUAUUUUAUGUAUUAAUUCUGCAGCUCUUCAUUUUGAUUAUUCAAUUUCUACUUUAAGAUUUGGAAUGAAUGCUAAAAAAAUAGAAACUAAAGUAUUAGCCAAUAUUAAUUAUCAAAAUGAUGAUGAAGCAUUAAAAAUCUUACUCUCUGAUUAUGAAAAGAAAUUACAUGAUUUAGAAAAAAUUAGAGUUGAAGAAAAAGAAGGAUUUGAAUAAUAACUAAAUCAAUUAUAAAAUGAAAAUUAAUAAUUACAAAAUAGAAUUACUAUUUAGAAUGCUCAAAAUUUCAAAUGCAUUCCAAAAUUAUAUAAAGAAAUUACUUGGGCAGAUCGAUUUAAAUUUGAUCUCCAUUGUUCUGGUGCAGGAGACAUACUAGUUACUAAUUAAAAGAUUAAAAAACCUCCUUAACAUGAUUGUUAAGGUAAAUUAGUAUUAAGUGCUUUAAAAGUAAGUGAAUAAAAUAGAAAAACACUUAUUUCCAAUUAUGAAUUAGUUAAAAAUUAAUAUCUCUAAUUAAAUUAAUUCUAUAAUUAAAGUAGACUAAAGAUUUAAUAAUAAUAUGAAUAAAUUCAAUUUCUUAAUGUCUAAUAUAAUAAGUUAUAUAGUUAUACAUAAGAAAUGUAAUAAUAGUUAAAUUUUGAUGUUAAAUUACUAAAUACUUAAGAAUUACAUCAAAUGAUUUAGUUUUAUUAAAGCUAAUUAUUAAAAUUAUAAAUUGAAUAGUAAGAUAGAGAAUAGACUAACACUUAGGAUUUGAACAAUGUAUAUAAUAUUGAACAAUUUAAAUUGAUUGAUUCAAAUUCUUAAAAUUAAAUUGAUGUCUAAGAUUAUUAAUAAAUAAAUUUAGAUGAUAUUAUGUAUGCUAAUAUAGUAGAAGUAGAAAUGGUUAAAGAAAAUGAAGUUGACUAAAGUAUUGAAUCUGAAGAAUUCUUCAAAAUUGAAUACCCUACUUAUUUACAUCAUUCAAAUAAUAUUACUAAACCAUCUAUCAAUGAAACAUCUUCUUAAUAGAUUGUUUAGGACUUAAGUGAAAUUAACUUUAAAAAUGUAUUAUAAAGCUUUAUAAGUGAAAUGGAUGUUCUACAAACUUCCAAUUCAACCCAUCAUAAAAAUAAUAGUACCUCAUGUAAUAAGAAAUAAACUGGAAAGUAUAAGACACCUGAUAAAAUGAAAAAAUAAAGUACCAGCCAAACUACUAUUAGAGGAAAAUAGAAUAUUGAACCUACACGUUAAAGUUUUAACAAUAUUCCUAAACCAAAGGUAAGACCUAGACCAAGUGGAAAUGCAAAUGAAGAGUUGUCUAUGCUGUUAAACAAUGCUGAAAUGAGUAAAUAUUGAA